AUGCCGUCGGUUCCAGGCAAUAAAGAUAAAUAUGGCGACACUCGCCAGCCACCGUCAUCGCGGUCGUCGCACUGCGACGUUGCAUUGUUGUGUCAUCGUCAUGCGAUCGUGCUUCUCGUCAUCGCAAGCAACAUCAGAGCGGCGUCAGCCUACGCCUGUAGCGCGGUGCCCAGCUUUGCGCUGCUACAGCCGAGGCACCUGAACCGCGUAUCGAGAUAUCCGAGCAUGGGGUAUGACGGCGGGUGUGACUGCUGGAGUGUUGACCUGAACGUGGACUGGCGCGACCUGGAGGGCGUGCAAGGCCGUAUGAUGGCUGGUCGGAGCAUGGGGUAUAGCAGCAGGUGUGACUGCUGGAGUGUUGACCUGAACGUGGACUGGCGCGAGCUGCAGGGCGUGCAAGGCGUGCGCAACGAGGGGAGGCAUCAUGGCCGAUCGCAGCAGAGAACGCGAGGCGUCAUGGGGGAUGGCAGCAGUGAGCGCGGUGGAGGGGACACAAUGGCUAUGAGUGGGACUUUUGACCCCGUCCUCCCCCCCCCACCCCCCUCCCCCCCUGCCCAUCCCUCCCCGACAGCAGAGGCAUCAUGGGGGAUGGCAGCAGUGAGCGCGGUGGAGGCGUCAUGGGCGAUCGCAGCAGUGAACGCGGUGGAAGUGACCAUGGCCAUGGUUGCAGACCAGCUAGAGUCGUACGACAGUGCCUUCAACAUCUCCGUGCAGCAGCAGCAGCAGCUGCAAGGGCAGGUGGUCCACAUCAGCGCCAGUGCUGACCCUCCACCGUCUUGCACCCCUCCUUCCUCUCCUUCACCGCUUCAGGUGGUGGACUGCGAGCCCAGCAGCAGCAGCUGCAAGGGCGGGUGGCCCACAUCAGCGCUGGACUACAUGGUGGAUGCCAGUAACGACCUGGGGGGGCUUGUGCCGCAGCUGCAGUACCCGUACAAGGGCAAGCAGGCCAAGUGCAACGCAGGCAAGAUCGCCACAUCGUCCACGCCACUGGGUCUGGCGCGGUACGAGCAGGUGGACUUCUAUGGGUGGAUCGGGCUGCUGCUGGCCGUGCAGGUGCAGCCGGUCAUUGCCUUUGUGCGCGGCAGCUUCCCCUCCUUCCAGAAAUACAAAUGGGGCGUCUAUGGCGAUCCCAGGUGUGCGGCAGCAGGCAUUGUGGACCAUGCAGUGCUGGUGGUGGGGUAUGCGUUCACGGGGCCAAAUGGGCAGGGCAACUGGAUCGUGCGCAACUCGUGGGGCACCAAGUGGGGCGAGCAGGUGGGGCAAAGGAAUGCGGGAGAAAAUGUUGUAGAAGGGGAGGGAGGGGGGGGCAAUGGGGAUGAGUUUGGGAGAGGACAGAGGAGGAUGAAGCUCUCUCCCUUUUUUUCCCCGAUCUCCCCAUUCUCCCUCUCCCGUUCUCCCUUCCCAUCAAGGCCGUAUGAGGAUGGCUUUGCAAGAAGCAUUGGCAUCUCCCCAUCUCCCCCAUUCCCCAAUUCCCCCACUCCCCCUCUCCCGUUCUCCCGUUCUCCCUUCCCAUCAAGGCGUAUGAGGAUGGCUUUGCAGGAAGUGUUGGCAUCUCCACUUCUCUCCUCAUCACUCUCUCCACUUCUCUCUACCUCUCUGCCCCUCCCCAUCUCCCCCAUUCCCCCUCUCCCCACUCCCUCCCCUCCCAAUCAGGGCCAUAUGAGGAUGGCUUUCGCGGGAAGCGUUGGCAUCUGCGGAUAUAGAUUAAGCCCUGGGGGGGCAGCGCUUGUAUCAAUCCGCUACAGCAGUAACUCACUACCCUCCGUUCCCCCGUCACUCCCCCCUACACCUUCCCCCCAUCAUCCUCCUCCAUCUGCCACCAAGCCACACCAGUUCCGUCCCCCUGUGACUCUGCCAUCGCCCUGUGACUCGCCUCAGAAGCCCUGUGGGGGCGGCGUGUGUGUGCCUGAGGAGGGCGGCUACUCUUGUCAGUGUCCGGCGGGCUUUGUCAGUUUCACCAACGACGACGGCAUGCAGACGUGCGCUCCACGCGUCCAACCCAUGCCUCACAGACACAUGCAUCAACGACACAUUCCGUCCCAUGUCUUGUUCCCUGUGCCCUUUUCUCACCUUUCCCCUCCUCACCCGUCUCGCAUUCUCCUCCCUUCCAUCCCAGUGGAUGCAUGUGGCACGCAGGCGUCCAACCCAUGCCUCACAGGCACUUGCAUCAACGACAAUGCGGGCGGCUACUUUUGUCUUUGCCCCCCGGGAUAUGUGAAGGGCAGCCUCACGCUCGGAUGGGAUACCUGCACGCCCUCCACCGAUCCCCCCACAACGCUCACCUUCCCCGUGGACGUGGACUGCCCGCUCGUCUACCAGCUCUACGGCCUCACAGAGGAGGCAUUCCUCGCUCAGAACUCCGAGCUGUCCUCCCCAUGUGCCACCAUCCCAGCCAACACCGAAAUCAACGUGGCUACCAUUCACAUGUGCUCCCUCCCCCCCUCCCCUCGCCCUCCUUCUCUCCCCACCCUCUCCCACCAGGCCUCCCCAUGCGCCACCAUCCCAGCCAACACCGAAGUCAACGUGGCACCCACAUCCACCUGCAUCGCCUGCAGCCUCUUCUACUCCUGGACCAACGACGACUCCUGCUCGGCUGUAGCGGAACUGUUCGAAAUCGACGAGACCGAGUUGACUCGCUUGAAUCCCGGGCUCGACUGCUCUGGCAGCGAGUCCUGCCACGCGCCCUCUCCAGGCCAGCAGAUCUGUGUGCGAGAGGGCGAUGGGAUGGACUACCCGAUGUGCUCGUGGUGGGAGGGUGUGAAACCAGGGGACACAUGUGCUACUCUCAUGCAGCGCUACAACCUGCCCGCACUCUCCUUCUUCUGGAUGAACCCGGGCCUCGCGUGUGACAACCUCUUCCCCAACGGCAUGGACAUCACUGGAGUGCAGGUGUGCCUCUUCGCAUACAUCUACAUCAGCACCACCAGCGCCAGCUACCGAUCCUACUCGCUCACCCAGCCACUCCUCACCCAGCAGCACCGCACCCAGCCGCAGCCCACCGCUCUUCCCCUCCCAUCAACACCCCACUCACUGGGAAAGCUCACUCCACAGCAGAGCUCCUCCAUACAACAUCCCUCACCCCAACAAGGCCUCCUCCAUCAAUCCCCUUGGAAACGCGUCUGGACAGCAAAGCACCUCACAGGCAAGCCGCCCUUCCAGCUUCCCCCGUGGCAGCAGCCCGCGUGGCAGCAGCGGUGGGCAAGGCUAGUUAAAGCCGGAGUGCUAAGGGUGGGCCGGGCGCCUGUGACGAAGCGGCGGUGCCUGGCGUUCUACUCGGUGACGAGGGGGGACUUCUGUGCGCGCAUCAUAUCGCUCAAGUUCCAGAACAGUGCGCGAAAGAUGGCAGAGCUGAACAAUGGAUACGUGUGCAACAAUGACCGGCUGUAUGUGGGGUUGAGCCUGUGCACGCGGAGGUAG